AUGCAUCAUAAGAAAUCCGAGACAAAAAAAUAUAGAAAAGUUUAUAGUAAUAGAAAAGAGGUAUCGGAUUCGUUUAUUUUAGAAGAGAAUUCAACGUUGGAAUAUCAACAUCCAAAUGAUUUACAAACGAGUUCUAAUAAGGGAAAAAAAGAUAGGAAAUAUUUAUUGAAAAAUGAAGAAAAACUUUUAGGGGAGGAGGAUUUAGAGGAUUAUUGUAAGGGAGGGUAUCAUCCGGUGCAAAUUGGGGAAAAAUAUAAGGAUGGAAGAUAUGUGAUUGUUAGAAAGCUUGGAUGGGGGCAUUUUUCGACGGUUUGGUUAGCUAAAGACAAUGUGAAAAAUUGUUAUGUUGCACUAAAAAUAGUUCGUUCAGCUUCACAUUAUACGGAAACAGCUCUUGAUGAAAUAAAACUUUUAAAAAAAAUCAAUACGGCAAAUCCAUCACAUCCAGGAGCAGCUCAUAUUGUUUCCUUACUUGAUGAAUUUGAGCAUCAAGGGCCUAAUGGGACUCAUAUUUGCAUGAUCUUUGAAGUAUUAGGAGAGAAUUUGCUUAACCUUAUUAAAAGAUACGACUACAGAGGAAUACCAAUACCAUUAGUAAAACAAAUCACUAAGCAAGUUCUUUUAGGUCUAGACUAUUUACAUAGAGAUUGUGGAAUAAUACAUACCGACCUAAAACCAGAAAAUGUUCUUAUAUGUAUUAAUAAUGAGGAAGCAAUUGCUCAAGUAGCUGAUACAUUUCAACUUACCCAAAGUGUUAGCCCUAAUAUGCAAAAGCCAAGGAAUAAUCCUAUCGUAACAAAUAGUCAACCGCUGAUAAACUCUGAUAUUUUGUCAUACAAGAAUAAUGUUAGAAUUCAUAAUUCAAAUAAAGAAACAAGUGAUGAGCAAGUUUUAAAGAAAAAAAAAUCAGAUUCCAAUGAAAAUAAUACCAGUAUGACUGAUAAUGAUGACGAAGCUCUUGAAAAAGAUAUCUCAGGGAUUUCAUUAGAAACAAAUAUUGAUAAACAACCUAUAACUCCAUCUUCAUCUCCAGACAGCGCAAAUUACAUAAACGUUAAAAUUGCAGAUUUAGGAAAUGCAUGCUGGACUCAUCAUCAUUUUACAGACGAUAUCCAAACACGACAAUAUCGUUCACCAGAAGUUCUUUUAGGUGCUAAAUGGGGUGCAAGUACUGAUUGCUGGAGUAUGUCUUGCAUGGUAGUAUUUGAAUUACUAACAGGUGAUUAUUUAUUCGACCCUAAGAAUGGGCAAGAUUAUACAAAGAAUGAUGAUCAUAUUGCACAAAUUAUGGAAUUACUUGGAAAGUUUCCACGAUUUCUUGCAUCAAGAGGAAAAUAUUCCCAUGAAAUAUUCAAUAAAAGAUGUGAACUACGUCAUAUUUCAAAAUUGAACUAUUGGGGAUUACCAGAAGUACUUCAUGAUAAAUAUCACUUGUCAUGGAGCGAAUCUGAUCUAUUGAGUGACUUUCUUCUUCCAAUGCUAGAAAUUAUUCCGGAGAAAAGAGCUAAUGCAGGAGGAAUGACUAAUCAUCCAUGGCUAAAGGAUACACCUGGAAUGAACAAAAAAUAUCUUAAUAUACCAAUAGGUUCUCGAGGAGAAGGAAUAAAGGGAUGGGCAUGUGAAGAAAACGAUUGA